CAAGCUAACGUCCCUAUCCUUCUCAAAAGGAAUUUGUUUUUAAAGAGCUUUAUUGCGAUCGUGAGUUCAACAAACGCACGCACGCAUCGGUGAGGUAAGCUUAUUCCGUUCCAUUUUUCAAACGAAAUUUCCACAAAUACUUUUCCACCAAGACUUUUCCAUCUCUCGAGUUAAAACAGAAAAGAUAAUGGCUGGCGCAGCCUCUUCUCCUGUUUCUUCUGGAUCUUCUGUGCUAAAUGUAUCAGAGGAGAAAACGAAUGGCACGAAGCUAUUACGGCUGCUUGUUGACAGAGGAAGACACGUCCUACGCAAUUUAUUGCACUCUGUCUACCCAAUGGAUAAACUACAAGUCGUAUUAAACAAUAAUAAGAAAAAGCUUCAACGGCUAAGGUCCGAAGAUGUAAUAUUUGAAAACCAGUGGGAAAUGUUAUUUCCUGCUUCAGGCGAUCCACCGGACUCGAAAACGUUCGACAUUACACUUUUACAUCUAUUGCUUCGUGAAAUUUGCCAUCUUACGGCGCCUUCGACUGGAUGGCACAACAUGCCUGCAGAAGAUGAUAAUAGUCUCGAAGCAAACAUAACUCGCAUCAAAUAUUUCCGAAAUGAGCUUUUUCACAGCUUCUCUACCGGAAUUCCAAACACUAAAUUCGAGUACAAGUGGAAGGAGAUUGCAUCGUUGUUAGAGGCAAUUGAUAUUUAUGUUCUACGAAAGAGGCACGAAGUGGAAAUGGAGGCGCUGAAGAAUGAUCCCACCGGUUACGAUACAAAGCUACGUUUGGAGGAACUAGCAAAAGAAUGGAACAAAAUACAGGAACAAGAAAGGAUUCACUCGUCAAGUUUUAGCCCUCGCAGCUGUCUACCGGACAGAAUACCUGAAAAACGUGUAUUUGGCCGCAACCAAGAAAUAGAGCGGGUCAAGAAAAUGGCCGUGGGUGGAGACGUCGCUGUUGUCCUGGUUACUGGCGGACCUGGAUUUGGAAAGACGACUGUGGCUGAAAGAGUGGCUCAUGAAUUAGCAAAAUCAGAGAAGGAAGCAACUGUGUUGUUUUGUAGUUUACUAACGAAGAAAAAUUUCAAAGAAGUGGCCGAAGAAAUAAUUAACUCGUGUGGUACAAUCAGCAGGCAAGUACCAGAGAAUCCGGGACAGUGGCUAAGAGACUGGAGCAAACGAGUUCGAAACCAGGUCACGUUUGUUCUUGACGAUGCAGAUAGCGUCCUCGAGUCGAGCGAUCGAGAAUCAUUUAUAAGCAUCUUAUCUGACGUAAGAAGGUUAUCGAGGCAAAAGGUAACAUUUGUCGUAACUGCAAGGAAAACAUUUGAGAAUCCUGACUUGCAGUCUUGCGAAGUCAGGUUGGGCCCUUUGUCCGCCGAACAGGCAAGAAAUCUCCUUAUUUCUAGGGUGCAAGUCUAUGAAGAUGCCCCGCAGAACCUUUGCAGGGCAGAAUACAUCGCCAGAAAUCUAUGUGGCUGCGUUCCUAUGGCACUUUACAUUGUUGGAUCCUUGCUAUCAGACUAUUCUGAAGAAACACUCAUAGAGAGCCUCGAAAAGGAACAAUUAGCGGUUUUAGAGGACGACCAAGGAUAUGUUGAAAAGGCCAUAAAGACUUCGUUUGACCUUUUGACGAAACUCGAACAAGAAGCUUUCAUUCUCCUAUCUUUGUUCCAAGGUUCAUUUGAUCUAGAUGCAGUCCAAGCUGUGACGCAGGCGGAAUGUUCGAUCUCGAGCUCCGGCGCUUUACCUAUCACCAUCCUGCGCUCCUUAAAAAACAGAUCUCUUGUGGAGAAGCCCUAUUCGCGCAGAUAUCAGAUGCAUCGGCUCAUUCAGUCAUACGCAAAGAAGAUGGGUCGAGAUAAGUAUGACAAACUUUUGGCAAUGGGCGAAAAACUGGCUUGUGUACACUUCAUGUCGCGCCUCGCGAAGAAUGCUAAUAUUUACUGGAGUAAGGACACAUGCAAGGAUUCCCUUGCAUCAUUUAAAGACGACAAGUACAAUUUCGAACAUUUUCUUCAAAUUUACGCUCGAGGUAGGGAAGAACAAGAUACAAAGAUCGUGAACGGCUGUGAACUCCUUUUGGACAGUUUCCCUCAGAAAUGCAUGUAUUUGGAAAGAUGUCUUCAUCCAAGGUUCUACACUGAGCUCCUUGAAAGAUUAUUGAAAACUUUUGACUCUGGAAUCCAACCAGUGUGUGUAGUAGAUCUUUUGUGUCUUCUUGGUCAUGAAUACAGGAAAAAAGGAGAACAAGAGAAGUACAAAGAGGUCAUGGAUGAAGCGCAACAAAUUCGUUUGGUGAGUGAUCCUGCAUUUGCGAUGAAACCGUUAUCAGAAGUCUAUUUUCACAACAGCAAUGCUCGCUUCCUUUCUGAUAAAAAAGAUGUUAGAGUGAACAGACAGACUGAAAAGGAGGCUGCACUGGCUGUGAAAAUAUCCAGUGAACUGCUUCAUGAUCACCCGGAAAGAGCAGCUACUCUCCUCCUUUCAGGAAAUAUUACAAAGCGCAGUAAGCAGUUCGAUGCAGCCAAAGAAAUGCUCGAGGAAGCGUCGGAACUCUUUCAAAAGAGCCUUGGGCAACAUUUUAUGACUGCUGAAACCCUGAAGGCCACUGGAGACCUUUACUUCUUUCUUGAUGGAAAGUCCGAAGUCGACUUUGAAAUCUGCCUUAAGUAUUAUAAAGCUGCUUUGGAAAUGUUCGACGACCUAGGAGUGGGUGAAAGCAAAGAAAGCAUCUUGACGAUAAAGAAUUUUGGAAUGUGUCACAUGAAAAGAGGGAACUUUGACGAGGCAAUGAAUCUACUCUCGAAAGCAGAGCAAAUUGCCGAACGAGAAUUAGAAGAGGAUCACACCUGGAAAGUCUUUAUAAAGACUUCACUGGCCCUCUUGCAUGAGAAGAUGAAUGAAGUUGAGCGGGCGAUAGACGUAAUGCACGAGGGACUGGUGCUGGGCAAGAAAUUGAAUCUAACCAUAUACAGGAUGGGAGAAAGAUAUUUGAUUGGAGAAUUUCUAGACCGGUAUCCAGGGAAGUUCCCCGAGACUGAAUUCCCAAGGAGUGUUGUCAGUCGAACAGGCCAUCGAGUCCAACAGCCCCACUGGAAGAGGAAAGCUGGCUUUGGAAGAGGAUGGAAUCAUUGAGAAAACUAAGGAAAAGGGUUGUUACUGAUGGAGAGAAAUUUAAAUGAUAGCUAUGAAAAACUCGAAAACUACUAAAGUGAAUCUUAGAGAUGCGCAAACUAUGAUGAUAAGGAACCAAUCUUUGAAACGACCGCUGCAAAUCGACUUUAAAAUAAUAGUUUUAUAUUUUAAAAGGGAAUAUAACGAUACAACAAGAGAAAAUAGGGAUCUCUUAAAUACAACCAAUUCACUUCCGUGUAGUUUUUUUUUCUCAAAUAUGAAAAUAUAACCAAUUAAAUCGUUCUGAAGCGAGAGGCAGAUUACCGACGAUUAGCAAAUAACCAAAUUCUGUCAGCAUGCCUCGCGCUAAUUAUUUUAACAAAUAGAUUCCAUUGUGUACAAACCGAAAAGUGACAGAGCGUGUCGCCCGUGUUUUUACCACAUUUAGACAUUAUUUGUGGACUCUUACUUUACAGACUCACGACAGCAUGAUGAAAAAAGGUGUCAAUAUUUUUAUUCACUCUAUUCAGAAUUAUUUUUUCACUUUGUAACUUAGCCGGCCAUAAUUUAUCUUUGGGCUGGAGGGGUAGUUUUAAAAGUGAUUUUAGGAAAUGUAACUCUCUGAUCAGUACAUAGUGUAGACGUAGGCGAAAAAAAAAAUGUCUUUGAGCACAAUCAGUUACUCGCUAUAGAAAUUUGUUUCACUUCGUUCAAAUAGAAAUGUGGCGAAGAUUAUAAGCAUCAACGUGUUAUCACUUUCACAAGCAAUCUGUCAAACUCACCAGGAUGUUUAAAUGUUUUUUAGGAAGGUAUUAAGCGAUUUUUACAUUCUGUCCGCUUGAUUAUUUUAACAGUCUGGGUAUGUCCUCCUCUUCUCGAAAUUUUGCAAAUUAUUUUUUUUCGUACCAAAAUAUACUGAAAAGAAUGAUAUAGUCUUUCCCUUUUGCUUAGAGCUGUUAAAUUUCGAUUGAUUUGCUGAAGAUACAUUUGAAUUAAGUCCAAUAAUGAAAAUGGAUAUCUUUACAAAUCGCUGGUAGCGACGAUAAGUAAAUUAGUGAAUAAAGAUUCUAUCAACGAAUACAUUCUGUGUUUGAUGAGUAGGCGUAGUUUAAUGAAGGAAUGGGAUAUUGGUGCAAACUGUUACCGUAAACGCCUAGGAAUGUUAAAAAAA